AAGAAAAUGUAAUUUAAUUAAAUUUAAGCUAGUAAAUAUGACCUGUGUUAGAUGCAUGGCAGUUGAUUAGGACCUAUGUGGUAUUUUGUAGAUGCCAUUGUGUUGGAAUUAAUCCCCACUGCAAAUAGGAGGAAUGGCAAAAUGAACACUUCACUGUGAAAGAAGCUUAUAAGAAUCUCAAAGCUAGUCCACUCCCUCUGUAAAUACCUGUAGCUGUUUUGGCAUUGGUCUGGACUUUGUUGACAGCUUAAACGUUUAAAAAAUAAUCAGGAUGUUAUGCCUAACCAGAAAGAUGGCAGCUCUUUUCCUGGUUGGACAUAUUUCUGGAAGUAUUUCCUAGUGCGAGUACGCAAACAGGAGAAGUUGCUCACACUGGAAUGACUGUGCACAUUCGAACACCUGUGUACACACAUCGAUGAAGUGUAUAUAUAGACAUUCACAUCUGGCCUCGGAAUUGUUUUUUAUUUUUACUCAGGACCUCAUGUGGGCAGCUAUGUUUUGCAGUCAGGCUAACAGUGCAAGCACUUUUUUGAUCCUUUGAGGAAGUUAAAUGCAGGUUUCACAACUGCUGAGUUGAGACUUUUCUUGUUUUUGUCAUAAAGAUAGCAUGUUUGAACCGUUAAAGCGUUAGCGGGCGUCUGGCUGUUAAUGGCGUUUCUUCACUUUCCUAUGAGGCCGUCUUCAGCCGGAAGAGAAGUCGCCACACGAACCAGGACUGUGCGACGCAGCAAGUCCAAAGCGGCGGUGGCACCCGACAUGGAGGCAGAGACGGGAUUAGUUCCAAGUGUUCAAGACUUUGAUAAGAAGCUCGCUGAAGCCGACGCCUACCUACAGAUUCUGAUUGACCAGUUAAAGCUGUUUGAUGACAAGAUCAAGGACUGCAAAGAGGAUGAAUCACGCAGAAAAAUUGAAAUUUUGAAGGAGACCACUUGUAGCAUGGUAGAGUCCAUCAAGCACUGUAUUGUACUGCUGCAAAUCGCCAAGGACCAAAGUAACGAACAGCAACACGCAAACGGACUUAUAAGCACCAUAAACCCAGUGGAUGGGAUCUACCAACCCCCUCUGGACCCUGCUGUAGUCAACACCACGAUGCCAACACAAACCGCACUACCCACAGACGCGUCUCAGGUGUGUAAAUCAGACCAACGACCCUCCACGUUGUCCGUUGGUCCCGUCGUCACGGUGAUGGGCAGUCUGCAGACUCCAACUCCCAACAGCACAGGGAGUGGCCCGUCAGGCUCCAGCAGCGGCAUCGCCUCCCCGGCUCACAUGCCCCUCCCCUCGCACUCGGUGCCAGAUUUCUCUUAUUCCUCCAGCGAGGAUGAGUUCUACGAUGCUGACGAGUUCUACCAGAGCAGCACUUCCCCCAAACACUGCAUAGAUCCCUCAGGGCCUCAAGCUGCAUCGCCUCUCACCAAUGAAGCAUUGAAACGACCAAACACCACCGAGUCCCUGAACUCGUCCAUGUCCAACGGCACCACAGAUGCAGACCAGUUUGACAGCCACGAUGACCGCGAUGAUGAAGGUGAGGGCGAGUCUGUGGAGGAGCACAAGAGCGUCAUCAUGCAUCUUCUCUCUCAAGUUCGAUUGGGCAUGGACCUCACGAAGGUGGUCCUGCCUACUUUCAUCCUAGAGAGGAGAUCUUUGUUAGAAAUGUACGCAGACUUCUUUGCACAUCCAGACUUAUUUGUAAGUAUCGCUGAGCAGCUGGAGGCCCGGGACCGCAUGGUUUACGUGGUAAAGUGGUACCUGUCAGCUUUCCAUGCAGGGAGGAAAGGUUCAGUGGCCAAGAAACCUUACAACCCAAUCCUGGGGGAGGUCUUCUACUGCCACUGGGACCUGCCCAGCGAAACAGAGGAGCCUUCCACACUCACGGAGACGGUAUCAGAAGGUCCAGUACCGUGGUCUUCAACUAACAGUGUGUGUUUUGUGGCAGAGCAGGUCUCUCACCACCCACCCAUUUCUGCAUUCUACGCAGAAUGUUUAAAUCAGAAGAUCCAGUUCAACGCUCACAUCUGGACAAAGUCUAAGUUCUUAGGCAUGUCCAUAGGUGUCCACAAUAUUGGCCAAGGUUGUGUGUCGUGUUUGGAGCACGAUGAACAUUACGUCCUCACCUUCCCGAACGGAUAUGGCAGGUCGAUCCUGACCGUGCCGUGGGUGGAGCUGGGUGGGGAGUGCAACAUCUCCUGCUCCAAGUCGGGCUACAGUGCUAACAUCGUGUUCCACACCAAACCCUUCUACGGAGGAAAGAAGCACAGGAUCACCGCUGAGAUUUUUGCCCCUAAUGAUAAGAAGUCUUUCUGCUCCAUUGAAGGAGAAUGGAACGGAGUGAUGUAUGCCAAGUGGGCGACUGGAGAGAACACAGUGUUCAUCGACACGAGGAGGAUAGGCAUCAUUAAGAAGAAAGUGAGAAAGCUGGAAGACCAGCUUGACUACGAGUCCCGAAGAUUGUGGCGAGAUGUGACGUUGAACUUGAAGCGGAGAGACAUCGAUGCAGCAACAGACGCCAAACACCGGCUGGAGGAGAAACAGAGAGCCGAAGCCAGAGAGAGGAAGGAGAACGAGCAGCAGUGGGAGACCAGGCUAUUCCACGAGGACGGAGAGUGCUGGGUCUAUGACGAGCCUCUAUUAAAGAGAUUAGCCUCUCAGGGGCACUGAGAAGACUACGCACACUAGGAUACACACAGCAUACAUAUGCAUAAAGAAAUGCACACACAACAGAGUCUUCAUAAGAACUCUUUUGCAAAACCACUUCUUUUCCCAGCCUUGGAAUGACUGAUGAUUGAUUAUGUACACAGCUUUGCAUUUGACUGUAAAACAACAAUAUGAAAUCAAAUGGAAAAGCAUCUAGGAUGUAACGUGAAAACUAGUUAAAGCUCCUCUCCUUAUUUGGGCAAUUUCACUUCCACCGAUACCCACCACCCGCCAAGACCAGACUCGGCGGUGCACAGUGAAGACGGGAGGGUUGGCACAUCUCGUCUCUCAACUCUGUGCGUCAAUUUUACGACGGCACCCGACAUCUGCGCCACAGGACGAGCAAGAGCAGCACGCGUUUCCCUACACAAAUAUUUUUUUGGGGGAGGGGGCAAGGGGUGUGUAUGGUUGAGGGUGUUCAAUUCAAAUAAACCGUGACAAAAAAAUCGUCGCUCUACAUCUCAGGGAAUCUGGUGACUGAGGAAAGAAAGCUGCUGCCCCCUCCGAGAGUCUGACAGCCUUAUAACGGUGGAAGGGAUGAAUCUUAAAGGGGCGGGGGAGAAAUUCUCCGCUUGCCUGCAAAUAGUUGUAACUGUUGUUUAUAUAUAGAUAUACAUAUGAUGGAUAUAUAAAUAUAUAUUCUCUUUUUUUUCUUUUUUUCAAUGCUCUUUUUGUUUCUUUUUCUUUUUGGCAACAGUGUAACAUAUUUGAGGAUAUGAACUUGAUGGCUUUACAUCUUUUAGGAAUCAUUCCAUUUACCCCUUUUGGUGUUGUGUUCCCAUUUGAGGUCAACGUUGCCGCAUAUGUUGUCCUUCACACUGUUCACAAGCAAAGCCCGACAUAAGCCAUAGCAUCUGAACUCACUGAUUGGGAGAGUUGUGAUAGAUUUGUGGAAUAUAUGCAAUAAAGAGAUCAUUGACAUUGCCUGUUCAAAGGACAAAUUUGGGUGUCCAUUAUGCCAAAAAGAUUUAGAUAAAAAGGCUAAAGGGAUUUUCCUCUGGACAGAAAACAAACAAUCCUCUGAAAAUGUUACCAUGUUACUACCUGAAGGCAUUUAUGAACAAAUGAUUGUUUACAUAUUCAUGUCUUUCUGGAUUGCUGGUUCAUGAUGAGGACGUAAGACGAGGACGGUGUCUGUGAAGUCUCCCUUUUUGUGCCGGUUUCCUCUCCAAACCCGCAGCUGUCGGACUGGAUCACCUCGAUGGUUCACACGUCGUCACAGGACGAUGAGUGAAAACGAGGAACCAGUGGAGACUUUUGAAACAACACUGCUGCUGUUUCGUAGUGCUGCUUGAGUCCAGACUGUUCUACCGGUUCUGUUUUCGCAUCAACUUCAUUUACUUUGUCCAAUGAUUUUUUAGAUCACCACAUAGAGGGCAAUAUGUAUCCUACUGUACACCGCUGCUUUCUCAAACCGUUAUUCAUUCUCUAAUUUACAGCUACACAGAUUGGAUAUUAAUGCAACGAUAUUGGGCUGAAAGUCAGAAAUAAAAAACAAACAUUUUCAACUGAAGAUGCUCAAGAAUAUCUGUGUUGUAGCGAGCUCGCGUCAGAGAUGAAUCUGAUCGAUUUCAAUGAAUAUUGAAAGAGUUAAAGUCAAUGAAUCUGUUGACAGGAUCUAUAAAGACGAACAUAUUCCUGGUGCUGUGUGUAUGAAAAACUUGCAGCUGGUGAAUUUAAUUAUUUUAAGCAUACAUGCCUUUAGAAACGAGCCAAAUUAAAUUCAGUGUCCUAGCUAAAUUUGUUAGUUUUUACUUUGUUUUUUCCUCCAUGGUAUGUCUUUAUAAAUUAUAUUGAAUCGAGGCCUUGCCAUACAUUUCAGUAUCACUCAGUAUCGCCUGUUAGAGAGCAAUCAAAAUGUAUUUUUUAUUUCAAUUUUGAUCAUAACCAUUGAUUGUAUCAGAUUUUCCUGUUUAUUGAUGCAAAGUAUUAAAUCUCCAUGAGUUUA